GAAUUAGCUGUUCUGAUUGAAAAACGGUUAAAAAUCUAAAAACAUUAUGUCGUUGGCCUUGAAAAUAGGAUUUCUAGUGAUUAAAACCUUAUCUAAGCCUAUUGCAACACAUCUUAAACGUCAGGCAAAACAAUAUCCUUAUUUUCGAAAAAUAUGUGUUGAUCUUGCACAAGUGAUGUAUAGGACAGAAUCAAGUAUGAGAGAGAAUUUACUUAAUAAACGGAAAAAAACAAAGCAAACGCAACCUUUAAAUGAGGAAAAUGCAAUUGAACGAGGAGCAGAUUUUUUAUCAGAAUCUUUUUUAUUUCUUACGGCAGGAUCAUUAAUUUUCUAUGAAAGCUGGAAAACCAGAAAGAAAGAACAAACACGUAGGGAUAAAGUGGCGGACGAUAUUGAAGAACUACAGAAACAACUCGCAUCUUUAAAAAAAUAUAUUGAAGAAAGAGUUUUAAAUCAAAUAUAGAAUGUUUUUUGAGCAAAUAUAUAUAAAGCUAUUGCGAUA